AAUAGAUAAGAAUAUUCCUCAAAUCAGGAGAAGAAAAUCGAGACUCUGGGGACUAAAAGGCCACGAGGACAAAGGAAGGAGCUUAGUCCACAUAAAUUUACUGUCUCACAAGAGAAGAUACGCCUCCGAUAAUCGGCGUAUAAAAGAACGAAGACAUCUGGCACAUGAAGAGGUAGUUGAGUCUUACAGGCCGAGCGAUGUGAUGACCCGUGCAGAUGUUAACAGCGACGAUUCACAAUCGUGUGGUGAUAGCAAACGUGAAAGCAGUAUCGGUGCGGUGAAAACGGAGGAGCGCCCUAUACCCGUUGUGGCCCCCGCUCUGAACGAUUCAAUCGCUGAUUUUAAGGUAAGUACCUCCGAGGACGACAACACCGAAACUCUGAAAAUGAGGCUGGAAAACAUCAAACAGUGGACGCUGACACUGAUACCACAGGUCAAACCGGAGAGGAAAUGGAUCCCUUCUUUGGGACGAAAAUAUACGCGAGCGCAUCCCACGGCGUCUGCCAGCCACAGACCUAAUACACAGUGCGCCGUGAGGCAAGCUCGCGUCGGUGCCAGCGAGAACAGACUGAACCUGAAACACGAGGCUCACAACGAGGUCGGGAAACAUGCGCUAGUCGAGACUCAGCCGCAGGGG